AUGGCUGAUGAAAGUGUGAGAGAAUCCAGUGAUUUUGAAAAGCAUUACACACUUAAUGUUGGUUCGGCUAACGUAGAAGAGUGUAGUCGAAGUCUGAUUAUUACUAACAAAGGAAGUUUUAAAUGGUCUGGAGAAUUUGAAGCUUUACAAACGCUAUUUGAUGAUAUCCUGAAGAGCCAGACAAGUUGGUCAAAACCGGGUGGUAGCUGUAGAAAAUUGGAAGUUGCAGACCAGUUAAUAGUAAGAUGGUACUCUGAUAGUCACUCACUUACACUUAACGGGAGUAAAGACGAAGAAAUUAAAACUUGUUUGCGAGAAUUAGCGAAGGAAGCAAUAGACCAUGACAUGAAUACAUCAGAUAGUAGCUUUGAAAAUCAAGAAGACUCUCCAUACCAAAUUAAGUUUGAUGGAGAGGACAAAUCAUUGGAAGUCAAGCCGAUGUCUCAGCCAAAAUUACUGCAGACGAUCUGA